AGCCGCUAGUUUGAUCAGAAAUAUCCGAAUAGUGAGAAGUUGGACUUUGAAUCAUUGGACUCCGUACAAGUUAUCUGUUUUAUUUUAAUUAAAUGUACUCGCGGAUCCAUUCAAAACAAUUAUAGGUGCAAUAAAGACAACACGGUCUCAGUGUGUACUCAAAAUCAGUGCAAUAAGUAACUUAAUUAGCCCACCUUCAAGAUUUUCAAUAUUUUCCAAGGUAGCACACUCAUUUUUCCCACAGAAUAAAUAUGUCGCGUUUAAUUUUAAAAAGUGGUGCUUCUUUCGCGCAAACGUUCCAAAAUUGUGGAUUUUUGUCCGUUAUUCCCCCAAAUUUCGGGGCCAAAAAUUUGAAAUUUCAAGAGCAGCGACGGUUUACGAGCGCUGGAGUGGUCGAGUCGCCUCUAGGACCAAGUAAGAAAAUCCCAAAUGAAAAUCUCGUCGAGUUUAUUUAUAAAAAUAACGAAAAAUGGAUCGAGGAACCUGCUACGACUUGUGGCAUUUCCGGGCGCAGCUACUCCUACGGAAUGCUCCGGAUGUUAAUCAACAGAUGUGCCCAAUCCCUAUUGGGCCACUGCGGAAUGAAACCGAGAGAAGUCGUGGGCUUGCUUUUACCAAACAUUCCUGAAUAUGCUGUAGUUUGUCAUGGUGCCAUCGAAGCCGGUCUUGUGGUCACUUUCGUCAAUCCUUUAUACACUCCUGAUGAAAUCAAACGUCAGUUUGAAAAUGCCGGAGUUAAAAUGAUUGUCACUGUGCCCCUUUUACUGGAAGUGGCAUUAACAAUAGCCCCCCAAUUGCAAGAGUAUCGAACUACGAUUUGCAUCGGAGGAGAAGAUGAUCUCGCGAAGAAUGUCAACUCCCUUCAGAGUUUGUUGAUGGCGGGACAUGAAGCGGAACUUCCAGGGAUUAAUCCCAGAGAGAUUGCUAUUUUGCCGUAUUCGAGUGGAACGACGGGAUUACCGAAGGGAGUGAUGCUCUCGCAUCAUAAUUUAGUGGCAAAUUUGGUGCAAGGAGAACAUCCAGCUUUGGAAGACUUGGAAACUAAAGAUGGUAAAAAACACACCGUGCUCACAGUCCUUCCCUUCUUCCACAUUUACGGCUUCAAUGGAAUUUUAAAUUUGUGUCUCAAACACGGCUCUCACAUCGUCACCAUUCCACGAUUCACUCCCGAGGAUUACCUCAAAACUCUCGUCAAAUACAAACCGAGUUUCAUUUUUGUUGUUCCUUCUCUACUCUUAUUCCUCGCCUCACAUCCUGCUGUAACCAAAGAACAUUUGAGUUCAAUUGAAGCCGUGCAAUCAGGAGCCGCUCCUUUGACUGAAGGUCUCUUACAAAAAUUCAGACAGAAAGUUGGAAGAGAUGAUAUUUUGAUAAGACAAGGUUACGGCAUGACGGAGAGUUCACCGGUUACUUUCUGUAUGCCUAAAUUGACACCACCGUCGAAAAUUGGGACGAUUGGACUUCCCUAUCCCGGAACGGAAGCAAAAAUUAUUAGCUUGUCAACGGGCGAACCAUUGGGGACACAUAAGUCGGGCGAAUUGCUAGUGAGGGGGCCACAGGUUAUGAUGGGGUACUUAAAUAACGAACAAGCCACUGCGGAAACUGUUGAUGAAGAAGGGUGGCUUCACACAGGGGAUGUGGCCUAUUACGAUGAAGAUUGUUACUUUUAUAUUGUAGAUAGAUGCAAGGAACUCAUCAAAGUCAAAGGCAAUCAAGUGUCACCCACCGAGCUUGAAAACCUCCUCCUGGAAAUGCCCGGAGUGGCGGAUUGCGCUGUUGUCGGUAUUCCUGACGCUUUGGCCGGUGAAGUGCCCCGAGCUUUCGUCGUUCGACAGCCAGGGAGCAGUCUCAGUGAAGACGACAUCCUGCUUUACAUAAACCCUAAAGUGGCCCAUUACAAAAAAAUCGCCGGCGGUGUUAAAUUCGUCGACUCGAUUCCUAGAAAUCCCAGUGGCAAAAUCUUAAGAAACGAACUUAAAAUAAACGCUUAAAAUAUUUGUAAGAGAAAAAACAAUAGAGAGUUUUAGCAAACACUUUAGUUUAACGUUAACCAUAACGACAACGACAUUUAAUUGUCGUGUGUACGUCUUUCAAGGGCAAAAGGCGUAUUCCGUCAAUUCAAAGACGUUUAUGUAAACGUCUUAUUUUUUUAUUUCUUAGCAAGGGCCAUUUGUCGUAAUACGUUAAACUUUUUUACGGUUAGUAAAAACUCUUUAUUAGCUUGUAAGUUUUAUUUUGUACAUAGUUUUAACGUGGAUUAUACUCUGUUUACAUUUUAUAAUACGGAAUUGUUUGUAAAUAUAUUUUUUGUUACGUA